CUUCCGGUUUACUUUUACUUUCAUUUUGUCAGAAAAUGAUGUAAAUAUAGAUGAUCUGAUGAAUGAAAGAUGAGAACUGUCUCACUCAAUGUUCAAAACGAGCGUGAACCAAUAUUUGUUUUAGAAUCAAACGAAGCUGAUCCUAUUCCCGAUAAAUAUGACAUAGUUGUUCAGGUGAAGGCAUGUGCAUUGUCUCGUCCAAACACAAAGGUUCUCUCAGACGUGUACAAGAAGUGUCCGCGUAGUAGGUACAUAGUUGGAUAUGAAGUGGCGGGUAUUGUCACACAGACAGGAUCUGGUGUCAGUAAUGUAGCCAUCGGGGACUCAGUUGUUGGCAUCGUUUCCCUGAGCAGCCAUUAUUCAGGAUGUGGAGAAUAUUGUCUGCUAUCAGAAUAUGAUGUUGUCAAGAAGCCAGACAGAUUGAGUUACGAGGCUGCAGUGGCUGGAAUAGGGGACUGUCUGAAGGCCUACACUGCACUUUAUUACCAGGCCCAUGUGUGUGGGGGAGACACAGUUCUUAUCAUAGAUGGGGCUUCAUCAUUUGGAAAUGUUGCAAUACAGUUAGCUAGUCAAUGGGGAGCCAAGGUGAUUUCUACUGCUAGCAGUAAUGAAGAAAGGGGAAUCCUAGAAAAUCUUGAUGCUCCAAUUGCUCAGAUUAUUGACCUUGACCAAAGAAGUAACAUCUUGGUCAGCAGUGUGCUUGAGGAGACGGGAGGUGUGGGCGUGGAUGUUGUCAUUGACAAUGGGGUAAGACAAUUCAAUGAUGAAGAAGACCAAAAGAUAGUUGGAGAAAACUUGCGAUAUCCUAAACCACACAAGCAUGAUGUUAUAUCCUGUCUUGGGGCUUCUGGGAAAUGGAUCACCCAGCAGCCAUCUCUUCAGUUGGAUCCACCAGACUGCCAGCGAUUAUUUUUACGAGGAGGGAGUGUCCAUUUCCUGUUUGAAAACAUUUGGACCCUUGCAUAUUCUCAACAUGGACGGUUUCAGCAUGUUCUUCAAGAUGCAAUGGAAAAGCUUGAAAGAGGAAUUGUUAAAUGUAAAAUAUCUAAAACGGUCUCACUAGAAGCUGCAGUUGAUGCACUAAAAAGCUUGGAAGAUAAUCGGACUGGAAAAGUUGUUGUAAAGAUCUAGGAUUUUACCAAAAAGCAUCCAUUUCAUACAUGUAUAUCAUAUUGGCUGCUUUUGUUUCUGUAAUUAUUGUGUUUUUGAUGCAUUGCAUGUGCUGUACAUGAAA